CAUCAUUCCUUGCGCCUCGUCUUCAUCACCACAAAACGAUGAAGCGCCUGCAGUCCGCGCUGGAUAACGACGUGUGGAUCUGCGUGGAGAGAUUUCGAAAAGACGGCGUCGCGGCCGACGCCAACAGUCUAUACACCGCGUUCCAAAGAUCGAAUUCCUCAUUGAAGCGCAAACCGAAGAAGGUCUUGGUCAGCAGUAUCGAGCGAGUGCUCGAAGUCUUGGAUAUCAACGAAUCGGACGGGAACGACUCCGAAGCAGAGAUCGAGAGGAAGUCAGCACAGCGCGCCAGCGAUCCGGAUGUCAUGAAUAAGUCGCUGCGGUCGACUUUAGCAGCGCCUCCUCCAUCAGCCAUUCCUGUCUCGACUGACGAUGAUGGCGCACGAAAGCGCCGCUUGGCCAAUGGCGAACCCGCACCCAAAAGACAGAAAGCGGACAAAAUCAGCACCGCCCCGCCGACGGAGCUUGCUCUCGAAGACAUCGCGGGCAUGGACCAGGUAGUCGAGCAGAUGGGCGAGCUUCUCAGUUUACCACUGCUGAAACCCGAGGGCUUCCGUCAGCACAAUCUUCCAUUGCCCAGGGGUGUCUUACUGCACGGUCCACCGGGAUGCGGCAAGACGAUGAUCAGCCGCGCAUUCGCCGCGGAGCUGGAGGUUCCCUUUAUCGAAAUCCUCGGCCCGUCAAUUGUAUCCAGUAUGAGCGGAGACUCGGAAAAGGGUGUCAGAGAGAGGUUUGAGGAGGCAAAGAAGAAUGCGCCAUGUCUCCUUUUCAUCGAUGAGAUUGAUUCCAUUGCUCCGAAGCGAGACUCAAGCCAGACCGCGAUGGAGAAGCGCAUUGUCGCACAGCUUCUAGUCUGCAUGGACGAGCUGGGCAAAGACCCCGACAAACCGGUCAUUGUAUUGGCUGCGACCAAUCGACCGGACAGCCUGGAUCCUGCACUAAGGCGCGGUGGGCGAUUUGACACCGAGAUCAACAUCCCCGUCCCCAACGAGAUCGUUCGGGAACACAUCCUCCGUGCGCAAACUCGACACAUACCCGUCGCCGCCGAUGUCGACUUCAAAGCUCUCGGCAAAAUGACUGCUGGCUUUGUGGGAGCAGAUUUGAAAGACCUGGUUGGAAAGGCUGGAUCCUGGGCGAGGAGUCGAUAUCGACAAGCACUACGAUUGCAAGCGUCACAACUCCUCCCUCCCCCUGAGAUGGACGUUGACCAGCCCGAUAACCACUACGUCGCAUCAGCCACAAUCGUCGCAGAGAAGCUACUCAUCAAGCGAUUGAAGAUGCGAGACAUCCCAGAACCCGCCGGGUUCGAAGAUUUCCGCAUCGCAAUGGAAGCCUUCCUCGCAGUCCUCCCGAGUAUCACGCCAUCUUCGAAACGAGAAGGCUUCGCUACAAUUCCAGAUGUCUCGUGGGAAGACGUGGGAGCACUUAAAUCAGUGCGCGAGCAACUUGACCGCGCGAUUGUGAAACCCAUCAAAAGACCGGAGAUGUUCAAAGCUCUUGGAUUGCGCUCGCAUACUGGUGUCUUACUCUGGGGGCCUCCAGGCUGUGGAAAGACGCUCCUCGCAAAAGCCGUAGCCGCCGAGAGCAAAGCGAACUUCAUCGCGGUGAAAGGGCCCGAACUCCUCAACAAAUACGUGGGCGAAUCGGAAGCUUCAGUCCGAAAAGUAUUCACCAGAGCACGCUCCAGCGUACCAUGCAUUGUCUUCUUCGACGAAAUCGACGCCCUUACGCCAAAAAGAGACGAUGCAAGUUCAGAAGCCAGUUCGCGCGUCGUCAAUACCUUACUAAGCGAAAUGGAUGGCCUCAACCAGCGCGCAGGAAUCUACAUCAUCGCCGCCACGAACCGCCCAGACAUGAUCGACAACGCCAUGCUCCGCCCCGGCCGGCUCGACAAACCACUCUUCGUCGACCUCCCCGGUCCCGAGGAGCGAGUUGAGAUUCUCAAAACGCUGCUGCGCGGUAAGCCGGUUUCGGACGCAGAUGUGCCGCAUAUCUUGGAUUUGGCGCGAGGACCGAAUUGUAAGGGGUUCAGUGGGGCGGAUCUGGAGUCGUUGUUCCAGAACGCUGGGUAUGCGGCUGUGGAUCGAGAGGGGGAGACGAUUGUGACGAGGGAUUUUGUGCACGCUUCGACGAUGGUGAGGGGGAGUGUUACUGAUAUUCAGAAGUAUCAUGCGCUCAGGCAGAAGUUUGGGAAUUGAGCGGGUGGCGGCAUGAAAGGGGUUACUGAUAUCUACCAGCAUGUGAAUCUAUUGAGUCAUCACGUGAGUGCUUGGCAUUUUCAUCCUUUGGGCAGCAUCCUUGGAUCAUCUCCUCAUUUCAUC